AUGGGCAGCGCGGCCUCAUGCCUUGGCAAGGCUUCGGUCGAGGAGCUCCGGGCCUUGGAGGCGGAGCUGCCUUGGGAGACCAAGGCCCGGCUUCGGAGCGCCCUGGACUUGGCCCAGGCCGUGCCCGCGUGGCAGCAGGGGCCGCUGUCUGGGAUGGUGUCGGCCGGUGAGAGCUGGCUCUUCUUCAUGCAAGGUGAUCCCUUUUGCCUGCUGGAGAAUCCCAACAGAAGGCAGCGCGACGCGCUCCUUGCCGAUCGGGAGUACAUGUUUGAGCUCGUGCGGCAGACGCAGGCGUCGUUUCUCUGGCGGAUGGCCGCCCAGGAGCUGCGAGAGGACCCAUCCUUCGUAUCCGAGUGCGAGCGCCUGGCAGGCACUGGACUCGUCUUCCGCUACUACAAGAAGGAGUAUGUCUACAAGAGCAUGAGGGAGCACUUCCCAACAGCCAGCGCCUCCGUACCGGGCGGCCUGGCCUACGCGCAGGUGAUGGACAAAAUCAAGAUUGCUGGAGGCCACACUGCCACGGUGUGGUUUGACGAGCAGCCGGUCUUUGGUCACAUCGCCGAUGACGGAAGAUGGGUCCAUCCGAGUCAGGACUGUGGCAGAGACGAUGUGCCGGUGCCCCCUCCGGAGCAGCAGGAUGCUAAGUGGAAGUCCACUGUGGACUCCAGGAGUAGCAGCCACAAGCCUAACGUAGGUGAGCGUCAUCCGUGUUGGUGCUGCCACUGGCUGCGGCUGGUUCGGAAGCGGCACGCGGAGGGGGACGUCAUUUGCUGCACUACUUCGAACAUUUAUUUCUCCGACUGGGUUGAGAAAUUUGGUGCGGGCUCAUCGGAGCUGUCAGAUGCAAAGGCAGACGAACUGGGCUUGCCUCGGGAGACUUUUCGGAAUGGUCGACCUGAGGAAUGGGGAGAGGGCCGCAUCCUGCUCAGCGCUGGCCAGCGCACAGAUCGUGAGGCUCCCAUCCAUCCUCGCACCAAGCUGCCCCUGGGCAGCGGCUGUCGUUGGGAGCGCAGUGUCCUGGACAGCUUGGAGUUCCCUGUCUACGCCUUCUUCAUUCCGUGA